CAUGUUGGAGGAAACAGGGCCAGAGUGGUUGUCUGAGGAGGUGAAAACCGGAACAACCAUCAUUGCCAUUGAGUUUAAUGGAGGGGUCGUGCUGGGGUCUGAUUCUCGAGUGUCUGCAGGGGCAUCAGUGGUGAACAGGGUGAUGAACAAACUGUCUCCUCUCCAUGACAAGAUCUACUGUGCACUGUCAGGCUCUGCAGCAGACGCUCAGACCAUCGCUGAGAUGGUCAACUACCAGCUAGAUGUUCACAGCACUGAGAUAGGUGAGGACCCCCAGGUUCGCUCAGCUGCCACUCUGGUGAGGAACAUCUCAUACAAGUACAAGGAGGAGCUGUCCGCACAUCUCAUUGUGGCCGGCUGGGACAGAAGAGAUAAAGGACAGGUGUUUGCAACCCUGAAUGGUCUCCUGACAAGACAACCUUUUGCGGUGGGUGGCUCUGGCAGCUCAUAUGUUUAUGGGUUUGUUGAUGCCGAGUUUCGCAGGGGCAUGAGCAAGGAGGAGUGCCAGCAGUUUGUUGUCAACACUCUCUCUUUGGCAAUGAACCGUGAUGGCUCCAGUGGCGGCGUGGCUUAUAUUGUCACCAUUGAUGAGCACAGCACAGAGGAGAAAGUCAUUCUAGGGAAUAAUUUACCUACUUUCUUUGAUCAGUGAUCAAUAUAUCGUUUUUUCAUCUCUAGUCUGCCAAAACACUGUUGUGCAGGAUGCAAUUAGAUAUUUGUUUUGCUCACAGUAGCCAUCACACACACACACUUUUCGGCUCAACUGUCACCAAAGGAAGCUUUUAAAAUAAUAAAUAUUGGACGAAAAGUCUUACUGAACACUUAUUAAUUAUAAUAAAAGGAUAAAUGACUUGCAUUGCUCUAUUGUUCCCAAAGCUAUUUCAAGUGUAAUAUAAGGUAGCCUUUACGUUAGUUUAAAAUAAAAACUGCUAGCACCUUCACAUUAUUAGCUGCUCAGGUUUGUUUACUUUUAUUAAUUUAUCUUCCAAAGAAAAAUUACUGAGAAGUUGUUAAUUUUAGUCUCUGCAUGUCAUUCGAACAAGGUUAUCUCACCAGAAGGAUGAUGAUAAACAGUCACUUGCUGAGACUCUCUAUUCGGUCAGUGAGGCUGCCACAUGAUAAAACUGUCAAUUUAUGUUUUAAUGUUCCUGAGUGGCAGAGAAAAUAAACCUACAGAACCUCUGACAUUCCUUUAUCCUCUCUAUAAAGAGUCCAACAGAAACACUCCCACACAUACUAACAUUAGCAGCAGCAGUUGUCUCUCAGGCAUUCAAUCUGACAAACAAAUUACUAAAAACUGAAAGUCAGAUUUGUGGCACCACCACAGGAUUAUGUCACCUUUUUUCACUAAGAUGCCUGAUGGAUGGUUGGUCAUCUGCCUACAUAAUUCAGACUGGACAUAACAACAAGUAUGCUUAAAUUAACCUACAUGUUUAUCAUAGUGCUGCAUAAACUCACAUGAUGUAAUGUAAAUUAUGUGAAAUUCAAAUAAAAGCCCCUUGUUGAAAA